AUGACUGGGCGCGAUCCGCGUUUUGACUCGUUGAAGCCCGCAGUGACUGCAGGAUUGGAGCUGCCAUUUGUGGAGCAGCAGAUGCGUUCCCACUUCGAGCGCCAACUGGCCCGCGGAGCAAUUGAAGUUACGGUCGUAGGGGACAUCGACCCGGCGCAUGUUGCAAGGCUGGCAGCGACGUACAUAGGCACGAUUGGGCAUCCAAACACGAGCAGAGGACUCCUGGAGGGGGUUUUCCCCGUGUCACCCGGCCAGCGGCCCCUGCAAUCUCCCUACUACCACCUCCAGGAGACCUCAACGGGCGCGAUGACGCAAGAUUGGAAUCCAUCAUCUGAUACAGCGGAAGCGCCUUCGGCUGGCCAUUGGACAAAAACCUGGGGGAGGCGGCUGCAUGCCUACGUGCGGGACAGCGAGGCGCGAGCUGUGGUGCACAUUGGAGGUUUUGCGUGUAAUCGUUGGGGCAGGAACCCCAACGGCUCGUGGUUAUGGGACCAUAUGGAGGCCCUACAGCGCAGGGACGAUGCUAUUGCUGACCAAAUAGAGGGUAAAACAGCCGAAACGGAGCAAGCUCGUUACUAA